GUCUCUCCCAUUUUUAUUUGAACAAUUUCUCACUCUUCUCUCAGGACACUUUCCUCUCUUGUCCAUCUCUGGUAGCACUUUGUGCUUUUAAAAAACACACACAGUACACACACUGCUGCUCUCUGAGUGCUUGAAAUUCACACGCAGUACACGCACUAAAUCAGGGUCGGGAAGGGAUGAAGCCGGCGUCAGAGUACAUGAUAAGACUAUCUCGGUACAGGAUGACCCACUAGUUUGAAAAAGAGAAAAUUUCAAGGGUUGAGAUUUUCCCUUAGGGGGACCAUUAUAAUUGUAAUGGACGGUCAGAAGAGCCAGGCGAAGCUUACGAGGACUAACUCCUCACUUCUCCGGUCAUCUCCGACCAUCCGAUCAUCCAUCCACAGCUUAUCUUCCGUGAGCGAGAUCACACCUGAUCAUGACGAGGAAGCAGCAGGGUACCAUUACCAAGACCUAGAAGAACAGAAGCCUCACUCCAAACCCGGUUCAACCACCAGUUCGUCCAGGGUGGUUUCCGGUUCAGCCCGGUUGGCUCCAGUUCUUGUUCUCUGCUUGAUUUCUAUGUACACCCUUUUCGUUUUCUUUAACAGGGAUGAAAUCGCCUCGUCGGAAAACCUUCUUUUGGCUCUGAUUUUCGUCGCGGUUUGGCUGUUUUUCGCACAACGGAAUAAGGGUUUAAUCCACCAGAGUAUAAGUGUUCUGAAGCAUUUGUUUGAUGAGUAUGGGAAGAAAAUCGGGUGGUCGUCGAAGAACCAGUCAAAAUCGGUUCAAUGGUUCAUCGGUGAGCAGCCGGACAUGGGCACCAAGGAGGUCCAGAAAGAGAAAAUUUUGAAGAAAUGUAUAAAAGAAGGUGUGGAGUUUUACAGCAAUGGGGAUUUUUAUGAAGGGGAGUUUCAUAAGGGUAGGUGUAAUGGGAGUGGAGUGUAUAACUACUUUGGGAAUGGGAGGUAUGAGGGGGACUGGGUUGAUGGGAGCUAUGAUGGGUAUGGGAUAGAAAGCUGGGCUAGAGGGAGUAGGUAUAGAGGGCAGUAUAGGAAUGGCCUAAGGCAUGGGUAUGGAGUUUAUAGAUUUUAUACAGGAGAUUCUUAUUCUGGGGAAUGGUUUAAUGGGCAGAGUCAUGGUGUUGGAAUGCAGACUUGCUCUGAUGGGAGCUGUUACAUUGGUGAAUUCAAAGCUGGUGUCAAACAUGGCCUUGGUGUUUACCAUUUCCGGAAUGGAGAUAGAUAUGCUGGUGAGUACUUUGGAGAUAAAAUUCAUGGUUUUGGUGUUUAUCACUUUGCCAACGGCCAUUGUUAUGAGGGAUCAUGGCAUGAAGGCCGAAAGCAAGGCUUUGGAAUGUAUACGUUUCGAAAUGGUGACACAAAAUGUGGGGAAUGGGAUCUUGGCAAUCUUAAAAAUCCCUCACCUCCAUUAAACGAGGCAGUCCUUCGAGCAGUGCAGGCUGCUAGAAGAACUGCAGAAAAAGCGAUUCAUUUUCGCGGAGUCGAUGAACAAGUAAACAAGGCAGUCAUGGCUGCAAAUAGAGCUGCCACUGCAGCAAGAGUGGCUGCUGUUAAAGCAGUUCAGAAUCGGAUAGAUGGAAAAUUUUGCGAUACUAAUAUCUAAGAUUUCUUGGCAAUUGUAAAUUUUAUUACUGAGUAAAUUUCUAUGUACUACAAAUCUGAGCCACCCCUGUGAGCAAAAAGCUCAUUGGAGGUUGAGGGAGAGUUGAGCCUGAGCUUUUGGUUGACCAACACUUGUAUAUAGAUCCAGUUGUACAUCUAUGACAUAGCAAUUUUCUGAAA